AUGUCGUCGACGGCCACCGUCACCCGCGCCCACCUCGAGAACAAGCUCGCCCUCGCCAGACGCUGCUCCAGAGAGGCGACGCUCGCCGGAGCAAAGGCGGCGGCCAUCGCCACGGUCGCGUCUGCGGUCCCAACGCUGGCGAGCGUGCGGAUGCUGCCGUGGGCCAAGGCGAACCUGAACCCCACCGGCCAGGCGCUCAUUGUUUGCACCGUCGCCGGGAUGGCCUACUUCGUCGCCGCCGACAAGACUAUCCUCUCGCUGGCAAGGAAGCACUCGUACGAGAGCGCCCCGGACCACCUCAAGGACACCUCCUUCCAUGGCGCCGCCGCCGCAACUCGUCCCCGUCCGCCGGCAUUCUUCAGGCCUUGA